CGUACGAAACGUUUAUUUGUUUAAUCUAUUCGAGCCUCGGUUAAUUGUUCGAACCAACGGAUAGUAUAAAAAUUCGUUUAUUGACACAGUGAAUGAGAAAAUAAUUCGCGUGCUCCUAGUUUUUACACGUUCGUUUAUUGAUCGUGUAGUUGAAUUUUUUAAAUAAAAAUUCAUCGUACAACUCCUCUUGUGGCAAAUACGUUGUGAUUUGAAUUUCAAUUCUUUACUUUGAAGUACCGGUUCGAAACUACGCCCAAAGUUUCCUCUUGCUCGUCUGCGCUGCCACAAUCUUCACUUUGAAUUACAAAUUUCUGUGAGCAAAGUGAAAAACAUAGUACUUCAUACGAGUUUAGUUUGUAAAUUUAGAAUAUGCCGGGAAAACUAACGUCAUUGUCCCUGCGAUUAAUAUUUGCCAAACACUAUUUAUAUUUUUUUAGUCAAAUGAUUAAUUUUAAAUUAACGAGCAAGAGGAAAGAAAACACUUAUCGUGCUUCCAAUGUGAAAUAUUAAAGUUGAAAUGGUUGACGAACGAUCCACUGCUGGGAAGAAGAGUAUUAAUAUUCAAACCAGGACGGAUGUUAGACCCAUAUCGAGAAUGUAUCGAAGAGAUCUACUAAAGUAAAUUGUAAUCGAUUCUGUGCUUUGGAACGCAUUGAAAAUGUAUGACGCGCCUCGACUUUGAAAGCAUAUGAUCCGAGUGUUUCAAGUUCUUCGAGUUUUUAUUAGUGAAAUCGAGAAGUAGCAAGGAAAUCUUUCUAUGUAGAAGCUUAUUCUGGCUUUGCUAAAAAUGGACUGGUCGAUGUCAGAUAUUCGCUCAGCCAGGAAUUUUGCACAUUUAUCCAGGGUUGUACCUAUGUUUUUCUCUUUGGAAGAAGUGCAUGAGAAACUAUCAAAACUUCUAGAUGGCGCUGUUAGAUCGGCGGCGUUCGGUGGUUUUCGUAGUGGUUCGUGUACAGUCGGUUUUCGCAAUCAAGAUGGCGAUUACUGUCGGAAUAGCGAAACCUGACUGUGGUGUGACGUCACGCCAUAGUAGUGUUGUGCGGUUAUGCGUUCGUGAAUUCCGCCAUUGAAAGCUAGUGAUCGGAUUCAUAUUAGUGACGGACUAGUAAGGACGAAUAUGUGACAGGGUAAAAAGGUUGGGCAGAGUGUGGUAAACAAUCGUGAAGGUUUCCUGUUUCCUGAUCGCCGGCGUGGCGCGCCGCGCGCGCGUAUCUCUGGUCGAGUAGGCGGUAUUGGACCUCGCACCGGGAGUGAGCUCGCGUGCGAACCUCUCUCUGGUCGCGUAGUGUCUCUAAUUGCGAGAUGGCCGGUAAGUAAGGCGUCGUGAGCACCGGUUUACUAUGCGUGGUCGCUCUGUAUUUCUACGACGCGUCGUGAACCGAACAGUGCGUCGCUCCUGCUGGCCGCCUCGCCGCGCCGCGGCAACCUGAACCUUGACCCAGAUACUAUCACGGGUUCACGGGUAUAUCCGCAGCGCUCGCAGUGCACGCAACGUUCUUCUUCGUCAAUUCCGCAUCCUCAAAUAUAAUCACCCGUACCCACUCUCUGGAUACUUGCUGUGCGCGGGGCCAAAUGCGCCCGUCGCCGGCGACGGCAGCGGCGGCGGCGGUGGCGACUGCCUAGAAGCACGAUGGAUUGCGCCGAAACUUCAAGUAAUGGUGACAUACAGUGGUGUUUUUCACAGGUGAAAGGAACAUUAGAAGACGAUGUCACUGAAGCUGAUAUAAUCUCAUGUGUUGAAUUUAACCAUGAUGGCGAUCUUCUUGCAACAGGAGAUAAAGGUGGUCGGGUGGUUAUUUUUCAGAGGGAUCCUGUUAGUAAAAACAGUAUACCCCGAAGAGGUGAAUACAAUGUAUACAGCACCUUUCAAAGUCAUGAACCUGAAUUCGAUUACCUGAAAUCAUUAGAGAUAGAAGAAAAAAUUAACAAAAUUAGGUGGUUAAAAAGAAAAAAUCCAGCACAUUUUCUACUUUCCACAAAUGAUAAAACAAUUAAAUUGUGGAAAGUCAGUGAACGAGAUAAAAGAGUAGAAGGCUAUAAUACAAAAGAAGAAAAUGGUACAAUUCGUGACCCCGCUUGUAUCACUUCCUUGAGGGUACCAACUAUAAAACCAAUGGAGUUGAUGGUAGAAGCAUCCCCAAGGAGAAUAUUUGCCAAUGCGCACACCUAUCAUAUAAACAGUAUAAGUGUUAACAGUGAUCAGGAAACAUACCUCAGUGCUGAUGAUCUUAGAAUUAACCUUUGGCACCUUGAAAUCACAGACCAGAGUUUUAAUAUAGUAGACAUUAAGCCAACUAAUAUGGAGGAACUAACAGAAGUAAUAACUGCCGCGGAAUUUCACCCGGCAGAAUGUAACGUCUUGGUGUAUAGUAGUAGCAAAGGAACAAUUAGACUCUGUGACAUGAGAUCUGCUGCGCUUUGUGACCAACAUAGUAAGCUCUUUGAAGAACCAGAAGAUCCAACAAACAGAAGUUUCUUCUCCGAAAUAAUUUCGAGUAUAAGUGAUGUGAAACUUAGUAAUUCGGGAAGAUAUAUGAUCAGUAGAGACUACCUCAGUGUGAAAGUGUGGGAUUUGCAAAUGGAAACAAAACCCAUUGAAUGUUACCCUGUACAUGAAUACCUAAGAUCAAAGUUAUGUUCAUUAUAUGAGAAUGAUUGUAUCUUUGACAAAUUCGAGUGUUGUUGGAGUGGUAAUGAUUCUGCUAUUAUGACAGGAUCAUACAAUAAUUUCUUCAGAGUAUUCGAUCGUACAAGUAAACGUGAUCUCACAUUGGAAGCAGCACGUGACAUUGCCAAACCAAAAACACUUCUAAAACCACGUAAAGUUUGUACUGGUGGUAAACGUAAAAAGGAUGAAAUUAGCGUGGACUGCCUUGAUUUCAAUAAGAAGAUACUACAUACUGCUUGGCAUCCAUCUGAAAAUGUAGUAGCUGUUGCUGCUACGAAUAAUCUCUUCCUAUUUCAAGACAAACUCUAGCACAUCUGUAUGCAGAUCAUUCAACGGUACAUAUUGACGUGAGCAAGGCACGUUCAACUAAAAAAUCCCAGUGGAACAAGGGAUGUCUGAAUUAUACUGACGAAAGUCAACUAUUAAUAUGUCAAUGGUUGACUGACCGAAAAGUGGUGUACGUAGCGCCGUCCACACAGCUCACAUAUUCAUACACACUAUGUAUACACACAAAGACAUACAGAAUUGCACGUAACACCUUGUCGCGCGUAUAUAUGUAUAUAAAUGCAUGCAAGCAAAGACAUAUGCAUAGCUCUCCAAUUUAUUGAAUUCCGCUAGUUCAAAUAAAAUGCACGUGGAAUCAUUGCCCAUUGACAAAGAAAAAUGUACAGUUCAAUCAAUCAAGAGACUCGUGUUGGCGGUUAUUAUUUAAAUAUUUUAAUAGAAGAUUAAUAUAUUCAGUUCGCUUGUAUCAUAGAAAUUUUGAUACCGUACAAUUUAAAGUGCUUUUUAACAUAGGUGAUUUUUCUACGUAUGGAAUGGUAUCUGUAAAAGAAACUGCAUUAGUAGGAUCAACUGCAUAGAAUUAAAAGUCGCUAGAUACGAUAAUUGUGUUCUCGGUACAUGUGUGUAGCAUAUAAUACCUUUGCUUAAUAAAUUAUUUGCCAACCAAAAUGCCUAGACAUGCAAAAUUAAAAGUAGAGAUGAUUAUAUGUGCCAAGAGAUGUGAGAUUAAUGUGUAGCUCGUUACUAUUUUAUUCUCAAUCCAGUAUUCUUUUUCAUAACUUCUCGCGUAGUACAAUUUUGUGUUUUCGGUAGAUAGUUCAUUUUCAAAAUUAAAUUUUUUUUGUGUCGAAAACUAUCCUUUAUAUAACAAAUUCGUUGCUGAUUUUAAAGUAAAAAUAUUUUGAUAACUAUUAACAAUUGCAUUUAAAAUAUACCAGCAGUUACCAUUAAGAUGAAAGCCGAGCUUUCAAUUAUUUCAAUUAGUCGUUUGUUGUCAUACAUAACUUAGUAAAAGAUAAUAUUAAAUAAUAGGCCUAUAUCCUCGUGUCUUUAUUUCUUAAAUAAAAUAUAUUAUCAAAUACCCUUAUCAUGGCAUGUUAAAAAACAAAUAUUCGCCGAUACGAGUCAAAAUAUGAGAAAACAAGACAAAUUCACCUUUCAGUGAAACUUUGAAGAAAAAUGAACAUCAAUGCAUUGCAUACUUUAAACAGUAAAGAGUAUGAGUGUAAAGCACCAUUCGUUAGUUGCCGCUUUCUAAUAAUAAGAAAAAGAAAGGACUCAGUCAAGAAAUAUAAGGAACUUACGAUAACUGUAAGUGGAAUACAGGUUUUCUAAUUUUUCUUAUUGACAACUUAUUAACACUUAUACUCUUACACAUAUAAGCAGCGAUUUCGUACACGAAUUAAAAUAAAACUAAAAAGUGCAUUUGACGAUGGUAAGCUGCGCUUGCAGAGUUUAUAUGUAUAAAUUAAAUAUGUGCUGAGUAAAAUAUAUUAGCGGAAUAUAACGUUAACAUUGUGGAAUUUAUAGAGACGAAAUUCGAACGAAACCACGCGUGAUUGAAACAUACGCGCGGAUUAUCGAUUGCGAUCAAGGUGAAUAAAAUUGAAACAUUUUUAUCAAUGGAAAAAAUUCGAUAGCGAAAAUUAUCUUUAACGAGACAUACCUUACAUUGGUGACUUAAAUUGUACAUGAUUGAGAAUUAGAGUUAAUAAUUUUCACGUGUAUAAAUAACAAUUCUUGAGUCAUAGGCAAAUAAACGACUUUCGAGGUUUCCUAACCAUAUAAGCAAUCAUAUAAUUUUAUAUAUAAAAAAAAAAAAAACAAAUAUAUGAUCGCUGUGCGGAAAUGAUUACAGGAGAUUCACUUUAACACGUGAAUCAUCCUUAAUUUUUAUUUAAUUCUCCGAAAGAUCUGCUAUAUGGCCAAAAAUAGACACGCGUGAUAUAAAAAAAAAACUAUUUUAAAUUAAGUGCUUUGAAUGGUUUAAACUAAUCACAUUCUUAUUCAAAUGAUGUAAUAUUUAAGCAUUAAGUUUUAGGUACUGGAAAUUCUUGAUUAGCUAUUUUCUGAGUUAGACUUCAAAGUUCAACUUAAUUAAAAAAAGAAAUAUUACAUAUUAUUACGUUUCUUGCAACAUAGCUUUCAUACAACUUAUCUUAUUAAAAAAUAAGAAGAUGGUAAAAAAUGCAUUUGAUAUGGUACAGCUUAAGAAAUUUAGUUGUGUUACUCCCAUGUUAACGAGAAAGAAAAAAAGAAAAACCAUCUUCAAAUAAUCACGUGCAGACACAAUGCAUGAAACGUAAUAACUGUGUACCAAUCCAGGGUUAUUACUCAGUAUCUUUGUAACGCGAUAUUUAGGCAGUUGUGUACUCACAGAGAUAGGAGGUGAAAAGACGCACGAAUAAAAAAUGCAAAAUCAUAA